AUGGGAACCGCGGGGACCUACCUCCCCUGCCAGCCCCCACCGUCACCCCCGUACUGCCCAGGCAGGGCUGGCUGGCUGUGCCCCAAGGCUCACUCUACCGUCCUCCACAGGGGUCUCAGGGGACAGGCUGGGCAGGAGAACAGGAGCCCUGUGGGUCCUCGAGCAGUGCCCUCAAGGACCCCACAGAGGUGGCCUUGGUUAAAGCCAGGGAGGAACCUCCCCGCUGAAGGUGCUCAAAGCAUCUCCUUGUUCCUCCCCCAGGUGCACUCAUUGCUGCCUUCCUGCCCACACUCCCGCCUGCUGGCCCUGACCGGUGUCAUCAUGCCUCGAGGCCAGAAGAGCAAGCGCCGUGCCCACAAGAAACGCCACCAGUCCCGGCAGGAGACUCAGAGUCUCAAGGGUGCCCAGGCCACUGAGGCGGCAGAGAGAGAAGAGUCGCCCUCGUGCCCUGCUUCUGUUUCUCGGGGUACUUCCCCGUGCUCCCCUGUUGCCAGGAGCCUCAGGGAGCCCCAGGGAGCCCCAGCCACUAGCUCUCGUGAUGCAGGGGUUUCAUACCCAGGAUCUGAAGAGGGUGCCCAGAGCCAAGAUGAGAAAAGUGCAAGUACCUCCCAGGCAGCACCUUCCACCCACAGCAGUUGCAGAGAUCCUCUUUCCAGGAAGGUUGGCAUGUUGAUGCAGUUCCUGCUGGAGAAGUACAAGACGAAGGGGCCCAUCCAGCAGGCAGCAAUGCUGAAGCUUUUCAGCAAGAAGUACAAGAAGCACUUCCCUGAGAUCCUCAAGAGAACCUCUGAUCGCAUGGAGCUGGUCUUUGGCCUUGAGCUGAAGGAAGUUGACCCCAGCAAUCACUGCUACAUCCUCGUCAGCAAGCUGCCUCUCCCAAGUGAGGGAAGUCUGAGUGAUGAGACGGGGCUGCCCACGUCCGGUCUCCUGAUGAUUCUCCUGGGCACGAUCUUCACGAAGGGCAACCGUGCCACCGAGGAGGAGAUCUGGGAAUUCCUCAAUGCGUUGGGUUUGUAUGCUGGGAGGAGGCACUUGAUCUUUGGGGAGCCCAGGAGGCUCAUCAGCAAAGAUUUCGUGCAGCAGAAGUACCUGACGUACCGCCAGGUGCCCAACAGCGAUCCUCCGCGCUAUGAGUUCCGGUGGGGCCCGAGAGCCCACGCUGAAACCAGCAAGAUGAAAGUGCUCGAGUUUGUGGCCAAGAUCACUGGUAGCGUCCCCAGUGCCUUCCCAGAGCUCUAUGAGGAGGCUCUGAAAGAUGAGGAAGAGAGAGCAAGAGUGAGAGCCGCGGCCAGGGCUGCAGCUGUUGCUGAGGGCAGUGCACUUCCAGGGCGAAGGCGUGCAGCUACUCCCACAUCUAGGGAGGGAGGCGGCGGGCAGUUUGUUCACUGUGUUGUGGAAGAGAGCAGUCAAGCUCCUAAAUAG